AUGUUCUGUGAUGCUCAAGCUUUCAUCUCCAUGUGCAACUCGUGCCAAAGACAGGGGAACAUCAGCAAGAGGAACAAGAUGCCUCAGAAUUUCAUACUUGAGAUUGAGGUGUUCGACUGUUGGGGAAUUGAUUUCAUGGGACCAUUCCCACCUUCGUACAAGAACGAGUACAUUCUAGUCACGGUGGACUAUGUCUCAAAGUGGGUAGAAGCAAUCGCCAGCCCCACUAUUGACGCACGUGUUGUGACCAAGAUGUUCAAAACUAUAAUCUUUUCAAGGUUUGGAGUACCUAGAGUGGUCAUAAGCGAUGGAGGGACCCACUUCAUCAACAAGACAAGUGGCCAAGUGGAAGUGUCUAAUAGAGAGAUCAAGAGAAUCAUGCAGAAAAUAGUCGGAACUACACGCAAGGAUCGAUCUCUUAAAUUAGAUGAUGCACUAUGGGCUUACAAAACAACUUACAAGACGCCACUCGGAACCACUCCAUAUCACCUGGUCUAUGCCAAGGCGUGUCAUCUCCCAGUGGAACUAGAGUACAAGGCAGCAUGGGCUGUCAAACUGCUCAACUUUGAUAUCAAAUCGGCCAAGGAGAGGCGUUCCAUCCAGAUUCAAGAGCUCGAAGAGAUCAGGCACCUGGCUUAUGAGAGCACAAAAAUCUACAAGGAAAAGACCAAGGCAUAUCAUGACAAGCGGAUCAUCAGCGGAAGCUUUGAACCGAAUGAUCGAGUCUUGCUUUUCAACUCCAAGCUGAAGCUGUUCCCUGGGAAGUUGAAGUCCAGAUGGUCUAGCCCGUUUACUAUCAAGGAGGUCCGACCAUAUGGAGCAGUUGUGUUGAUGGACCCUAAUGGGAGAGAGUCCGUUGUUAAUGGACAGCGCCUCAAGCCAUACCUUGCUGAAACAACAAUCACAGAAGGUGAAGAAAUUCCCUUAUGCGAUCCCUCCACAGCCUAA